GGGGGGGGGGGGCAAUUUAUUCAGUGCAAACAGCGGACACAGCUGAGAGCCAGCGUAUUUGCAGAGGUGCCACGGUUGAACGAGCGUGGACCGAACCAGCGUCUGAUUACCAUAAUAGGGUGCACAAGUUCGCCAGCGCGUCGGGCACGUUUUAUUUCUUCACGCGAGCAUGUAGAGCUGCCGCAGCAGGGAGGGAGCAAUUCCUUACACACACACACACACACUCAGACAGAGAGAGGAGCUGGCAGCACAUGAUCACAUAUCCUGCUAGUUCACUCAGCCGCUGGUCACAGCGUUGGGGAAUACAACACGGCGAGCGAGAGAGAUCCGAGUCACACCUGGUGUUGGGGAACGCAGAAGGAUCCGUAGACCGAAGAGAGCGAGCGAAUCUGGGGGACGUCGCUGGAAGAAAAAAAAGAGAGCCCGAGCACCGACACACCAUCUGGUAGGAAAAGAAUGCCUGAUGCCAGAGGGGACAAGUGAUCUACAUCAAAGAAGAAACUUAAAAACCGAGGAGUGAAAGCGCCACCUAACACUUCCACCACUGGCUGCACUGUGGCCACAGAUUUGAUGUGAAAAAAGCAAAAAAAAAAAAAAAAAAAACGGUCCAACAACUCCCAGUUCAAAUGGUGCCGCAGGAACUUCCGCCCUGUCAGCCCCACUUCAUGAAGGUGGAGGUCACAGGACUCAGGCUUCAACGGAGGAUUUGAAGAUCAACAAUAGACGUGAAAGAACACACUGAGCUCCAGAUUACUACAAUGGCGUCGGCAAACGUGACGAGACUCUGGACUCGGCUGGUUCUACUCUUUCUUUACUUGACGCUACACGCUGGCACGCUUCAGUUCACUGCAGCUACGAUACAAGGGUACAUUGGAGACAGGGACAUGGUUUGCCCGUCUGUAUGCAGGUGCGAUGAGGAUUUUAUCUACUGCAACGAUCGUGGCCUAAACUCAAUUCCAUCACUGCCUCCUACUGCGUCUGUCCUUUACCUUCAGAACAACCACAUAAACAAUCCAGGCUUACCCACCUCUUUGGAGCACCAGCUCUCUGUCCGUGUAGUCUACCUCUAUGAUAAUGAACUAGAUGAAUUCCCAAUGCACUUGCCACCAUCUGUGCGUGAACUGCAUCUCCAGGACAAUAACAUUCGCACCAUUCCACAGAGUGCAUUGGCUCGAAUGCCCCUGUUAGAGAAACUUCACCUGGAUGACAACUCUAUUUCUACCGUGAGCAUCGAGGACAAAGCUUUCGCUGAUAAUCCCCGGUUGCGCCUACUCUUCCUCUCACGUAAUCAUUUGUCCAGUAUCCCGUCAGGACUUCCUGCUUCUCUGGAAGAACUCCGCUUAGAUGAUAACCGAAUCUCCACAAUCCCAACUCAUGCUUUUCGAGGUCUCGGCUCACUUAGAAGUCUUGUCCUGGAUGGAAACCUUCUGGCGAAUCAGCGAAUUGCUGAUGACACAUUUUCUCGCCUUUCUAACCUAACUGAGUUAUCCUUAGUCCGUAACUCCCUCCAGACUCCACCGGUCAACCUCCCUAGCGCCCAUCUGCAGCGUUUGUCUCUACAGGAAAAUGCCAUCACCCAUAUGCCACGUGGGUCCUUAGAUGGUAUGCGCAGGUUGCAGAGACUGGACCUAUCGGGAAAUAACUUGACCACCCUGCCGAAGGGAUUGUUCAAGGACCUGGACAACCUGGGACAGCUGCUUGUGCGGGGUAACCCUUGGCACUGUGGAUGUAACUUGCGCUGGUUAUAUGACUGGCUCCUUGCUCGCGGUAACACCAUUACUGUAAGGGGUCUAACUUGCCACGGACCUGACAGAGUGCGAGACAUGGCUUUGAUAGACCUCAGCAGUGAGAUGGAGGAAUGUGAAGUGGUGAGGACAGUUGGGAACAAGGACAGAGUUGGUGUCGCCGGAAUAGACAGCUCGACAACUCAAACCCCACCACAGGGCUCUCUCUUCACCUUGCGAUCGAAACGCCCUGGUCUCAAUCUUCCUGAUUCAGGCUUAGACUAUACUCUUACUAGUAGUGGUGUUGGAAAGAGUCUCGCCCUGAAUGUGAAGGCUCUCUCUCAUAACAGUGUUCGUGUAACGUGGAGUGUUGCCCAACCAAGCUCUUCUUUCAGGCUGAGCUGGCUCCGAAUGAGCACAGGAAAUGUCAUGGGCUCAAUUACAGAGACACUGGUCCGGGGUGACCGUCGUGAAUAUCUUCUUACCUCACUGCAACCACGCUCAACCUACAUCAUUUGUAUGGUGCCCCUUUCUUCAAGCUCAGAAGGCAAAGGAGCAAUUCCUGGAGACGCUGAUUCGGAAGAAGCUCUUGUUUGUGCAAAAGCUGAAACGUCCGACCUCAGCUCACUAGAAGAAGAAGACAACGAGGAACAUUCACAGCACUUGACAACGCUGCCGUUGGCAGGGAUUAUUGGUGGGGCUUCUGCCAUUGUGUCUUUGGCUCUUAUCUUUGGCAUCUUCUGUUGGUAUGCACAUAGAACUGGUCAUUUGUGUAACCGUGACCACUACACCCGCAACAGCUCUCGAAAAAGCAAGACCUACGACGAUUACAUCGAGUCCGGCACCAAAAAGGACAAUACCAUCUUGGAGAUCCAUGGCCCAGGGUUCCAGAUGACACCUAUGGCAGCUUGUCAGCCAAUGCAGGCUAAACCGCUACGAGAGGAUUACAUCAUUCAUACCAUAUACCCCUCAAACGGCACUGGGCUUUACAAAGGUGCUGACCAGGUUACCAAUGCAGGACAUGGAACCAACCGAGGCUACAGAGAAGGAGGGAUCCCAGAUAUAGAUUACUGUUACACAUGAUGCACUGAACCGUUUCACAGUGUUGUCAGUAAACUGUAUAGAUGCACAAUUUCCCUUCGCAUGGACACUUCUGAAGCACCCCUCUGUGCCUUCUUCUUCUUCUUCUAAUCGCCCAUUCCAAAUUGCCAGUUGUUCAAUGCACUGAAAGUACUGAAUGCCAUUUACUGGAACUGGAAAUGAAUUAGGAACAGUUCUGCAGGAAGAAGUUACCUGCACCCCCCGGCUCUGGAGGCCCAGUUGACCCGUUUCUUUACCAGCCUAGUAAUGGUCGGUUAUGUUUUCUAUUCUGCUCUUUUUUCCCUGUGACGCAGGGAUAACAAAGAUUGUAUCGACUGUGGUCAACUUCAAUGUGAGCGAGUAUUGUUCUUUAACACGUGAACACAAGUGAAUUAGGUAAUUAUGAUAAACGGACAUGUUGUAUUAAUUUUUUUUUUUUUUUGUGCUCUCUGGUCAUUAACAUUACAAGGUGUUAUCAACCCACUGCUUCAAAUGCCUCAACAAUAUGUGAUGUGCCCUACCAGCUGUCAUAGGAAAGGGCUUUGUAAAGCUGUGAAUUGUUCUAUUUCCAACAAUCCAAUAACCAGUUGUCUUAAAGUAGACUUAUUAUUACCUUGAUCAUUAGCCGUCAAGUUGAAGAUCUUAUCCAGGCCUGUCAGCCUUGAUUAUACCUCUUAAGAUCCUUCCCUUGAGCUCAGCAUUGUAGUGUUGCAUCCAAAUAGUUGCAGCACAUUUGUGUAGAUAAUUUACCUAAAUACCGUCCGGACUGUGUUUGAUAUUUUCUUUUUAAAUCAGUGGUUAAUUUAGUUUUGCCAAUUCUGCACAGAUCUCUUUAU